UUUGUUGGUGCCUUCGCGGGCUCUAAAAAGACGGCGGACCUCAGCUGGAGCCCUCGCAUUAAUGAUGGAGAGUUGACCGAGUUUCCAACGAUCGUCCUGGAGUCCGGGUGGAGCGAGUCACAGGCCCAGUUAGAACGUGACAGCCAAUUGUGGUUCCAAGGGUCUGCUGGGGCUGUGAAGGUCGUUCUGUUGUUUAAAUUC